GACUCCAGUCAGUCUGCCUCUGUGCCAUAUAUGCCUGAGCCCUGCGCAGUCAACCGUCAGCAGCGCCACUGGGUGUAGGGAUAUCCCGAUGAAAGGGGAGACUGUUCGGGGUCAAUAAUUCAGACAAGAGUUGCCUGCAGAGUCAUCCGUAUUGAGGUGAAGUGCUUACUUAAUUAGCCAUCACUCAAAGACAAAAGACUCAGAUGUUGCUGCCAUGUGCCAGUCUCAUACGCGAAGCAGACGAAAAACUCGGCUCAUUGAAGACCCCUUUUCAACUUUCUACCCGCUGAUUGGGGAAACUUUCAGUGACUCUCCUCCAAGACACAGAGCUCCACUGCCCCAAUCACCACAGUGUGUCCACACCCUGCCUUCAUCCAGCAGUAACCUCUUCAUCCUCUCACAGGACUGGCUGUACUGUCAGUAAGGUUCAUCCCCAAAUGUCUACCUCACGAUUGAAAGACCCCUCUCCAACACUGCAACCCUAAACAGGAUACAAAAUGACCUCGAGCAUUGACCGGGAUGACAGCAGUAUCUUUGAUGGGUUAAUGGAAGAAGAUGAAAAGGAUAAAGCUAAACGUGUGUCCCGUAACAAGUCUGAGAAAAAACGCAGAGACCAGUUCAAUGUCCUCAUCAAGGAGCUGGGCACCAUGUUGCCGGGCAACACACGGAAGAUGGACAAGUCCACUAUUUUGCAGAAGAGCAUCGACUUUCUGCACAAACACAAGGAAAUCGCUGCUCAGUCAGAGUCAACUGAGAUCAGACAAGACUGGAAGCCUUCUUUUCUUAGUAAUGAAGAGUUCACUCAGCUGAUGUUGGAGGCGUUAGAUGGAUUUUUUCUUGCAAUCAUGACUGAUGGGAACAUAAUCUACGCUUCUGAGAGUGUGACGUCCCUACUAGAACACUUACCUUCUGAUCUCGUGGAUCAGAACUUGUUGAACUUCCUUCCUAUGGGGGAGCAUUCAGAUGUGUACAAGGCUCUGUCUUCUCAUAUCAUGGAAGGAGAGACACCGACGCCUGAAUACCUGAAAACGAAAAAUCAGCUUGAGUUCUGUUGCCACAUGCUCCGAGGGACAAUCGACCCCAACGAGCCCCCCGUGUACGAAUAUGUCAAGUUCAUUGGAAACUUCAAGUCCCUGAAUAAUGUGCCUAACUGUACCCGAAAUGGUUUCGAGGGAGUGAUCCAGCGAUCGCUUCACUCUGCCUUUGAAGACAGAGUGUGUCUUAUAGCAACUGUGAGGCUUGCCAAACCACAGUUUAUCAAGGAGAUGUGCACUGUAGAGGAGCCUAAUGAGGAAUUCACCUCCAGACAUAGUUUAGAGUGGAAAUUUCUCUUCUUGGACCACAGAGCUCCACCCAUUAUAGGUUACCUCCCGUUUGAGGUGCUGGGUACAUCAGGAUAUGACUACUACCAUGUAGAUGACCUGGAGACACUGGCCAAAUGCCACGAACACUUAAUGCAAUAUGGCAAAGGAAAGUCCUGCUACUACAGAUUCCUCACCAAAGGGCAGCAGUGGAUUUGGCUUCAGACCCACUACUACAUCACCUACCACCAGUGGAACUCCAGACCAGAGUUUAUUGUCUGCACGCACACUGUUGUCAGUUAUGCUGAAGUAAGAGCAGAACAGCGCAGAGAGCUUGGAAUUGAAGAAUUACAACCUGAGAUCACAGCAGACAAGCAGUCCCAGGAUUCAGGCUCCGAGUCCCAGCUCAACACGUCCAGCCUGAAGGAGGCUCUAGAGCGCUUCAACCACAGCCGGACACCCUCGGCCUCGUCUCGCAGCUCACGCAAAUCCUCGCACACAGCUGUGUCUGACCCAGCUUCGUCACAGAUGAAGCUUCAGGGAGACAGGAGUACACCAGGUCGGCAGUCUGUCUCUGCUGUGGAGAUGACAUCACAACGAAGAUCAUCUGUCAGCAGCCAGCAGUCAAUGAGCUCCCAAAAUACAAUACAGAACAUGGCACCAUCCAUGGUUUCACAACAACAACAACAACAACAACAACAACAACAACAACAACAACAACAACAACAACAACAACAACAACAACAACAACAACAACAACAACAACAACAACAACAGACCAGCGACCAAUCAAUGGUGCAGUUCUCCAGCCAGCUAGAAGUCAUGCAUAACCUGAAAGAGCAGCUGGAGCAUAGGACCAGGAUGAUCGAGGCCAACAUCCAACGGCAGCAGGAUGAGCUGCGGCAGAUCCAGGACGAGCUGCACAGAGUGCAGGGACAGAGCCUGCAGGGACAGAGCCUGCAGGGACAGAGCCUUCAGGGACAGAGCCUUCAGAUGUUCUUGUCGAAAGGAGCCGGAGGACUGAAUCUCAGCUCUGUUCAGACGGCCCAGGGGAACGCCUUGCAGCAAGGGGGAACACUCAGCAUGCAGGGCCAGGUGGUGUCUGCAGGGACUCUACAGAAUGGCAUACAGCAACAACAUGCUGUCCAGACCCAUCCCCAGCAACAAACUCUCUUGCGGGAACAGAGCACAGCACUCUCACAGUCUCAGCGGCCGUCCCUCACUCUACAGCCUCAACAGAAUCCACUGCCCACGUCUCUCUACAACACAAUGAUGAUCCCUCAGCAAAGCCCUGCUAACAUGGUCCAGAUUGCCACUACCCUGGCUCAGAAUACUGGACCAAACGCUGCUGCUGUGGCUACAUUUGCACAGGAUCGUUCAGCUCAGAUAAGGUUCCCUGCCAGUCCUCAGCUGCUUACCAAGCUAGUGACAGGACAGAUGGCAUGCGGUGCAGUCAUGGUCCCCACAACCAUGUUUAUGGGCCAAGUUGUGACGGCCUUCGCUCCUCAGCAGGGCCAGACCCAGACCAUCAGCAUUUCCCAGCAGCCACCGCAGCAGCAGCAGCAGCAGCCGCAGGAGCAGCAGGUACAGCAGCAAUUACAGGUCAUAGCCAUGCAGCCAGGGCAGGCUCCACUGGCCCAGCAGCAAACACAGUUCCUACAGGCUUCUCGGCUACUUCACGGAAACCAGUCCACCCAGUUGAUCCUGCAGGCAGCGUUCCCUUUGCAGCAGCAGGGUACCUUUGCUGCCACAACCCAACAGCAGCAGCAACAGUUACAACAGCAACAACAGUUACAACAACAGCAUCAUCAUCAUCAACAUCAACAACAGCAGCAGAAACAGCAACUUCAACAACAGCAGCAACAGCAACUGGCCCCUCACAGGGCGGACAGUUUGUCUGAUCGCUCUGCCACGCAGCCACAGUAGCCGGCUAAAGCCAAAUCCAUAGUGGAGUGAGCCAGACCCAAGUGUGGGUGGCUUUGUGACGGCGGUCUAAAGACGAGUCCUGCUAUAAGUGCAGCACUGAGACCAUGCCUCAGAGACUGAAAAGUGAUUGGAUGGGCAGGCUGUGGCUUCCCUCCCCUCACAAGGAUCUUUUGCUGUUUGCACUUAACUCCAGAGCCCAGAGUGCUGCAGAGAACAGGACUGAGCUCGCUGUGGCUCUGGCUCUGGGACGAAGGCCUUUUCUCCGAGACAACAGGGAGCCACAAUCCCUGUAAUGGACUCACACCUCUGGCCCUCUCCUGUGUGUUAAGUGUGUGUGUGUGUGUGUGUGUGUGUGUGCUCCAGCCCCCCUCACAGGAUUAUUUUAUGCAGAUCUCUGGUUAAUUGAGUCAAUGCAGCAAAGCUUCUGUCAAGCUCCGAGGACAUCCUGCAGAACAGCCAGAGGCUUGUUUGUUUUGGAUGUUUUCUCCUAUCUGUUGUUUUUCAUGUAAAAAUAAUUAUGGGUCAGAAAAUAUUUUUAAGAAUGUGGUCUGGAUUGAACUUUUACUGUACAGAACAUCAUGUGUAAUAUAUUAUGUAAAUAUAAUGAAAAAGAAGGAACUAAUAUUUUAUAUGAUGCAUGAAAUGAAAUGCCUAGUCUGUUAUUUGCGGCGUUGAAUAUACUUUUCUUUUUUUUUCUAGUACGCUAUGAAGAAAAGCUCUUAAAAUGCUCAGAGGCUGAUAUUUUCACAGACUUCCUUUCUCCUAGGGGAUGGGCUAGUGUGUCUGCAUAGCAGACCAUGCCGAUGCUGCUUGUUGUGUCACAGUUUGUUUAAUCCUUGACCCAUAUUUUCACAGAAUUUCAUAAAACUGUCAAAAUGACAUGUUUUAAAGUAUUUUUAAGCUUUUUAAGAUGUGCGUAAAGUCUGCACACUAAAGACUUGAAUUCAACUCGAGUCAAAUAUUGUGAAUGAACUAAAGACUGCCAAGGUGAAGCUAAAUGUAUGCAAUAUUAUAAUUUGCCAAGAUAAUCUUUCAUAUUCUUAUUUCUUAAUGUUAGCACUUCUGCUGAGAUGUCUCCAUUUCAGAGCUAUCCAUAAUGUCUGUAUGUUUCCUGAAGAGGCUUUAUUCAAUAUAUAGAUAUAUUUAUCCCUUAACAUAUACAGUAUAUAUAUAUAUAUAGAGACAUUUAAAAAAAAAA